ACAUAAAAAUUUCCAGUCAUGUGCAAAUAUAACAUAUCAAUUCCUUCAAAUCUAUAUUAGUAUAUAUCAAUAUUAUCCUCAAUUUAUGGCAUCAUUUUGGAGCCACUUUUUUAUAUCACCAUUAUCGUCUGUUUUAACUACAUCAAUCUAUGUGCAUGUGACUGGAUUGGCACUAAAUCGCUUCCAUGCAGUCUUCCUCCCUUUUAGUUAUCAAAAAAUUUGGAAAAAAAGGUAUGUACAUCUUAGUAUUUUGUUGGAAAUGAAAAAAUAUCACUAA